CUCUCUCUCUCUCUCUCUCUAUUUCUCUCUCUCUCUGGGUUGGUGUCUAACGGCAGUGACCGCACUGCUUGUAGCACUGCUGUGCCUGGAUCCUCACGGGCGCGUGGGCUCUGCACCCAUCUGCAUGCAUGGGCCGACAGCGUGCCACGUUCCAUCUCUGGCAGAUCUCUUCGACAGGGUCAUUCAGCACUCUGCCAGAAUGCACAGCCUCUCCAACGAUCUGCACUCAGAGUUUCGUGAGGAGUUGACAGAAGUGAUUCUAAAAUUGCUGAUGGCCUGGAGGGACCCUUUGUUCCAGCUCCAUGAAAGCAUGGCUCACCAACAAGAUUUCAACAGCUUCAGCAGCAACAAAGCCCUGAAGAUGGGUGACAUGGUUCACGAGCUGAGGAAAGGAGUGGAGAAAAUAGCUGAAAAGAUGAGGGUGCUAGGAAUGCUGGGUAAUUCCAUCCCAGCCCUAUCCUCACGGGAAGCAAUGCUUCCCGUGUCUGAAAGCGAAGAAGCCAUGAGCGACUACGAGCUCCUCUACUGCUUUCGUCGUGACUCUAACAAAGUCCAGAACUAUCUAAAGAUUCUUAAGUGCAGGAUCAUACCAGAGCACGACUGUUAGGGGAAAACAUUGGCUUUUCAUCCGUUCACACGGACAGCGCAAUGGACAGAAACUCUGUUGGUUUCCACUUAUCAAGCAUGUUUGACUCGAUGCCAUCAAUUAAGACUCCUCAUCUUGAAAGCCAUAUCCAGAAGGAUACACUUUUUGUAAAUGGUGCACUAUCUAGCACUCCAAAUCAAUUCAUUGCUAAAAUUAAGAAAACAAACAAACAAUAUGCAGGAGGAUCGGGGGACUUGCUUUGGCAACAGAAAAUUACCAUCAGACACUUCAUCACUGUCAAUUCAUCAGUCAUAUUCUGAAUUUACGAAGAGCUUGGUUUUUCUAUUGCAAAAUGUACUGUAAAU